GGCGGGGGCGGGGCGCGGAGGCUGGGGUGAGCGCCGGGCGGCGGUGCAGAGCUACUGGAGCGCCCGGCGGCUCCGGGAGGCGGUGCAGACGAAGAAGGCGGCCCCGACCCCGGCCCGGCCCGCGCCCCCACGGCCCCGCGGCCCCAAGCGCCCCUGGCCCCGGGCCCGUCCGCCGCCGCCAUGGCCCGGCCGCUGGUGCCUAGCUCGCAGAAGGCCCUGCUUCUGGAGCUCAAGGGGCUGCAGGAGGAGCCGGUGGAGGGCUUCCGGGUGACCCUGGUGGACGAGGGCGACCUGUACAACUGGGAGGUGGCCAUCUUCGGGCCCCCCAACACCUACUACGAGGGCGGCUACUUCAAGGCGCGCCUCAAGUUCCCCAUUGACUACCCCUACUCUCCGCCGGCCUUUCGCUUCCUGACCAAGAUGUGGCACCCCAACAUCUACGAGACUGGGGACGUGUGCAUCUCCAUCCUCCACCCCCCCGUCGAUGACCCCCAGAGUGGGGAGCUGCCCUCGGAGCGGUGGAACCCCACGCAGAACGUCAGGACCAUCCUCCUGAGCGUCAUCUCCCUCCUCAAUGAACCCAACACCUUCUCACCGGCCAACGUGGACGCUUCCGUGAUGUACAGGAAGUGGAAAGAAAGCAAAGGCAAGGACCGCGAGUACACGGACAUCAUCCGGAAGCAGGUCCUGGGGACCAAGGUGGACGCGGAGCGGGACGGCGUGAAGGUGCCCACCACGCUGGCCGAGUACUGUGUGAAGACCAAGGCCCCAGCGCCCGACGAGGGCUCGGACCUCUUCUACGACGACUACUACGAGGACGCCGAGGUCGAGGCUGAGGCCGACAGCUGCUUCGGGGACGACGAGGACGACUCGGGCACCGAGGAGUCCUGACACCAUGUCUCCACAAAUAAACUUACAGAUUUUA